UCUCUAUACCUCAUCACAGUUCUUGACUCAGGUCAAAUCAAACACCUCACUCUGUCUUCUUCUUCCCUCUCUUCUUCACUGCUUUACCUUCAACUUCGCAACGACGCCGUUUCCGGCAUGGCUCUCACUUCCUUCAUCGAAGUCGACCCGAGCUCUCACUUCCCCAUACAGAACCUCCCGUUCGGAGUGUUCAAGCCCGAACCGGCUUCACCGCCUCGACCGGGCGUGGCCAUCGGCGAUUACGUCUUGGACUUGUCGGCUAUCGCCGCCGCCGGCCUCUUCAACGGUCCGAUCCUCAGUAACUCCGAUUGCUUUCAUCAGCCUAAUCUGAACAAGUUCUUGGCCUUGGGACGACCUGCUUGGAAGGAAGCACGUGCCACACUUCAGAAGCUACUUUCAUCUACUGAGCCAACAUUGCGUGAUAAUGAAAGUUUAAAGCAGAAAUCACUGAUUCCAUUGAGCAAGGUGGAAAUGCUGGUUCCUAUGGCGAUUGGGGACUAUACGGACUUCUUUUCAUCGAUGCAUCACGCAAAGAACUGCGGGACCAUGUUUCGUGGUCCGCAGAAUGCAAUUCAACCGAACUGGUUUCACCUACCAAUUGCAUAUCAUGGACGAGCUUCGUCGAUUGUUGUCUCUGGAACGGACAUUAUUCGACCCAGAGGUCAAGGAGCUCCUAGUGGAAACUCUACACCAUAUUUUGGUCCCUCACUGAAACUAGAUUUUGAGCUUGAAAUGGCUGCUGUAGUCGGUCCUGGAAAUGAAUUAGGAAAGCCGGUGGAUGUGAAUGAGGCAGCAGAUCACAUUUUUGGACUUGUCUUGAUGAAUGACUGGAGUGCUAGAGAUAUCCAGGCAUGGGAAUAUAUUCCCCUUGGUCCUUUCCUUGGAAAAAGUUUUGGAACUACAAUAUCUCCUUGGAUAGUGACACUCGAAGCUCUAGAACCAUUUUCCUGUGAUGCUCCCAAACAGGACCCCCAUCCAUUGCCCUAUCUGGCUGAAAAGAUCUCCAAAAAUUAUGACAUAAAAUUGGAGGUUCAAAUUAAACCAGCUGGAGAGAAAGACUCAUCUGUGGUCACAAAGAGUAAUUUCAACCACUUAUAUUGGACAGUGACUCAGCAGCUGGCACAUCAUACAAUCAAUGGUUGUAACUUAAGGCCUGGAGAUCUCCUUGGAACUGGGACCAUUAGUGGACCUGAGCCAGAAUCUUAUGGAUGCUUGCUAGAGUUGACAUGGAAUGGACAAAAGCAGUUGUCAUUAAAUGGCGUUACUCGUAAAUUCCUUGAAGAUGGAGAUGAAGUCAUCAUUACUGGUUUUAGCAAGGGAAAUGGCUACAAUGUUGGGUUCGGGACAUGCUCUGGAAAGAUUCUUCCCCCUCUUUGAGCACCUUUUUUAUCUCGGCCAUCAAAUCAAGUAUAUAUCUGUCAACGGCAAUAUCAAAUAUAAACUUCGUCGGAGCUCUCCCGUUAAGUGCAUGUUGUAAUUCCCUCCAAAUGUUGUGUAAAACUGUACUACUUACUUCACCGCAGACCGUAACUCCCUUCUUAUUUUUCUGUAGCUCUACUCGUACUCUUGACUCUUGAGGAAUGCUUAUAUCUGCUGUUUACUGAAUAAUACACUUAAUAAUGGAAUAUAAAGAUCUUGAAAAAUGAUUUCCUUGA